AUGUCUUCAUCUUCGCAACCGGUUCCUCCCUUGAGGAUUCAAAAAGGUGCCAGUUUUUCUGGUUCACUACCCAAAAAUCCCACACCGCGACCCCUUUCCGAACUGGGCCCAACAGCUCAAAGACGAAAUUCUCCAAGUUAUAAUCAGGCCGCGAAGAAAAUGUCGUUCAGUGGGGAUUCGUCUCCAUUCCAGUCAUCCCCGUUCACUUCCGCUGAGGGUUCAUCGCCACAUCUCUUCUGGCAGAACCGUGAUCCAGGUACGCCAAAUCGAAUCAGCACGGAAAACCUACGCAAGGACUCUUCAAUAUCACCGACAAGAAAAUCAUCAAUCGAACGAUUGCAGCGCGCGUCGCGUGUGAAGAACAGCACCAUGUACGCAAGGGAGCAAAAACUCGAAUACGAUCCGAUGUCGAUACCUGUCAUUGAAAAACCAUUAAUAAAGAAUAUGCAAGGCAAUGCUUAUGGAGGAAAAGGUUUGGAAGGGUUUAGAUCGGAGAAAAAUCGACCGUAUGUCCACGGGAAGACAGAUAGUAAAACCAGUCUCUCGUUAGCCAGUCCACCGCCGCUGAGCCCUGCUGCUAGAGAGCCCCUGAAAACAGCAGCAGCAAAUGGUUCGAGAUCGCCCAGCAAAGAUCAAAUUUCACCUACAAAAUCAUCCAUGGCAACUAGUCGAUUUGCUGGAAAGGCACUUUACGAUCCGGAACACAAUGCCUUUGGCGAGGAGGAUUCAGGUGACGAGCGAAAACUGCCCCCUGGACGGAGUUUGCACAGACAUGCCAAGAGUGUUACUUUCGAUGUAGCUCCUCCACAAAUCAACGAGUACGAAUUAGCUACACCGGAUAUAUCAUCUAUCGGAACAGGCUCCAGGGAAAAUAGUUACGAUUCCGAGGAGGAUGACGAAGAAGACCUUUACUACCAUGGCGAUGGUCUUGAACAAGAUGAUAGCUUUGAUGCUUCUCUUGAAGACAUAGAAAAGACACCAGUAGUUGGACCGGAUGACUGGAGACAUUCUAGCCCUGGAAACACUUAUGGCCAAGGCUCUGGGUACUAUGAUGACCCAUUUGAUGGUCCAGAGGGUAGCCCUAUGCCUGAUGCCCGCCCUUCUUCUUCCUCUGGACGUCCUAAUGCCACACGCAAUGAUUCCAUAACCUCUAACGGUGAACACAGACCACUGCCACCGCUACCUGGUAUGGCUGGUAAUGAUCGACGCGGUUCGGCAUCAUCCGGCAUUGAGCGUGCAGCGACAAACUCACCCAGAAAUCUCCCUACUCCACCUCCUCCAGCCUCUAUUAGCAAAGCAGAUCUUCAAGGAAUGAACGGAAACAAGAUGACUUUGGAGGAGAGGUUACAUCUUAUGAUGAUCCAGGACGAUGAUAGGCCAAAGUCCUCUGAAGGCAGACCAAAAUCUGCCGAGAGAGACGAACAACGAGAACGUCGUAUGCGUCGGGCAGGAGCACGUAAGAGUCAGACGCCCGAGCGAGAGGUUCAACCAAUCAAGAUUCAUGAAGAUAAGGAAGUAAAAGAAGAACAUGAAGAACAUGAAGAUCAUGAGGACGAAGAUGCCAUGGAUGAUCUCCCAGGAUUGGACUCGUAUCAAUUACCACCUCGCAUCUCACGGGAAUCAAUUUUGAGAAAAGUUAAUGGACAAGAACCGUUUACGCGAGAGUCGGAUUACAAUCUGGAUGCGCCUCUUCCUGGCUCAAGUUCAGAACGUCCAAGCACCGCUCAAAUGGCCGCAAUGGAUCCUGACACUCCUAUCCCAUCCACAGAGGAUUCAUUUGUUGAAUCUGCGGACGAGGAAGAUGAAUAUGUGGACGACGAAAACAGCGUUCUGAUUAAAUCAGAGUCUGAAGAUGACGAUGACGAUGAAGACGUCGAUAUGUAUUCUAUCCCAGACAUGUACCAACGUACUGAAUCAGGAAUGGAGAGUCAUCAAACUGAAAGUGAGGUUGGAACAGUAGAGGAUGAUGAAAUUGACAGCCAUUAUUCGGAUGAAACCCCUUCUGAAAUGCCACUUCAUGAAAGCCCACAGUUUCAAUCGAAUAGCGUUCCAGAAGACGACGGUCCGCCAACCCCAAGAAACAUUAGUCCAUCGAGCAUUUCAAUGGACCCUACAAAGGAUAAUCGAAGAAUAUCUCUACCGGAGUUAGCAGGGCUUCUUACUGACAACACAGACUUUGGUCUUAGUUUGAGAUCUUAUAUGACACCGUCUCCUCCACCUCAAGAGGAAAAGGGGGAGAGAAAGGUCUCUGUUAUGUCAGAAGCACAUGAAUCUCUCCAUGGAUCCGAAACGCAAGAGGCGAACGAUGAGGUAGUAGAUCAGGCACCCAUCAAUGAGCCCGAAGAGAGUGAGGAAGAAACUGAGGACGAGACUGAGGAAGAUACCCCACAGCCCCAGCAGAAUGCCCCGGAACCUCAAGAGGAACCUGAAGCGCCGCCACUCAAGAAGAUGCUUUCACGUCCAGAGUACGAUGGAUCGGAAUGGGGACCACAAGAAGAUGAUGAUGACGAGCUAUCUGAUUCAGAAUCCGUGAUACGUCAUCCUGUGGAUGAACCAAUUGAUCACCCUUUCAGAGCGUCGUCAAUGGAUCGACCAUUUAGAUCAUCGAUUGAUCAACCAUUCCAGCACCCGUUCGUUGACCCUCCCAAGAUAUCUCCUACGCCACCUCCACCUUCAGACUCUCCUGGCAUUCCCGAAACAAUGGCUACUAUCAAGGCUCGUAGUGGGUCAAAACUCAAGACAAGACCAUCUGUGACGCCGUCUGAUCUUGCAGCAAUGCGUGAAGCUCGGCGUCAAGUCAGUGGCGCUGGUCCUGCUGUACCUGCUGUCCCUCAACGACACCGCACUCGCCCUUCAUUAAACGGGGAGCAAGAUGAUGAGGAUGAUGAUGACGAUGAUACGGAAAAGGGAACUUUGAAAAGAAAUACAAGCUUCAAAAACCGAAGUCUUACGCUCGAUAUCGGCGGUGAUCUUGGUCUCAAUCUAGAGUCAGAUUUCGACCGAGUAAUCGAAUCCUCAAAGGUAGCAUUUGAUUUAUCUUCUAGACAUUCGACUUUCUUUACCGGCAAAGCAGGACAAGCGUCCGAACCGGAUAAUUCUGCAGGAAUGAGUGAUCAUGCUAACAAAAGUCUGCCACAGCGAGGAUAUUUGAUGAGACAGAACACCAAAGUAGUGGUUGCUAGCAGCGAUGAAAGAGAGACUCGAGUUGCCAAAUCAGUCGAAAACUCGCCUACAAAAACAGAUAAUCGUCCACAAUCAUGGGUUGUUGAGCCAUGGAAUGGUUCUCGUAAAAGCAGCUCCCGCCCUUCCAGUCCACGUAAAAAGCCUCCUACUGGUGCAGUUCCUCCGAUGCCUGGUCAUGAAAGUAAUGCCGCCACUGGAUUGGGCAUAUUAACAGAAGGUCAAGUUUCUGACCCUGUGUCGGAUGAAAAUAGUGAGCGUGGAAGAUUGUUCGUGAAAGUCAUUGGAGUAAAGGACUUGGAUUUACCAUUACCCAAAAAUGAACGUUCAUGGUUUAGUCUGACCUUAGAUAAUGGCGUGCACUGCGUUACCACAGCAUGGUUGGAAUUAGGUAAAAACGCGCCGAUCGGACAAGAAUUUGAACUUGUUGUACCAAAUGAGCUUGAGUUUCAACUGACGUUGAAUGCCAAGCUUGAGAAGCCAGCACCACCGAAGCGUGUACAAACUUCCCCAGCUAAAGCAGCCAAGCCAUCGAAACCUUCAACUUUCAGUCGAGUGUUCGCCUCACCGAAAAAGAGGAAGGAGCUUGAGAUGAGACAAAAGGAAGAGGAACAACGCAUUGCACAACAAAAACAACAAGAUGCUCAAGCAUUGAAGAAUUCGGCACAGCCAACUGCAUGGGAGCUUCUUUCACCGCUUGCUGCUGCAGAUGGUAGCUUUGGUAGAUCUUAUGUUUGUCUCAAGGAUCAUGAAAGCCGUUGCUUCGGAAGACCCUACAAUGUCGAUGUAGCCGCUUUCAACGAAUGGGCUACUGAAGAGACAAACCAAUCAUCGAGUGUUAUGAGCAAACGUAGCGUUCCCCCACCAGUCCGAAAGCGCGCUCCUUAUACUGUUGGAAAGUUACAAUUACAACUUCUUUUUGUACCAAAGCCAAAAGGAGCUAGUGAUGAAGACAUGCCUAAGAGUAUGAAUGCUUGCAUCCGCGAAAUGAAGGAAGCCGAACUUGAGGUUGCUAGACAGUUCGAAGGUCACCUAAGCCAACAAGGUGGUGACUGUCCUUUCUGGCGUCGUCGUUUCUUUAGACUAGCAGGAAGUAAACUGACAGCUUAUCACGAGUCGACCCGACAACCCCGUGUCACAAUUAAUCUUGCAAAUGCCAACAGGUUGAUUGAUGAUCGCAGAGCACUCACACAGAAAGAAACCACCGCGAAAUCAGGUAAACGUCGCAAGUCCGGUUUUGCUGAAGAUGAAGAGGGCUAUAUGUUUGUUGAAGAAGGUUUCCGAAUUCGAUUCAACAAUGGUGAAGUUAUUGAUUUCUAUGCCGACUCACCAGCUGAUAAAGAAGCAUGGAUGUCCGUUCUUGAUCCUUGUGUAGGAAAGGAACGUGCGGGCGGUAAAGGUGGUUGGUGUGAGAUGGUUCUAAAGCGGGAAGAACAUUUGAUGAGGAAAGCUUCCGGAACUUCAGGCAAAGGCCGAACACAUUCAAGAGUGAAGAGUACCAUCUUUUGA